AUGGCGGCCGCGCUCCUGCCGGAGACGGCGCCACGGCUGCUGACUCCUGAGACGCUCCGCACGGCGGCGAAGCAGUCCCAGGGCAUCCACCUCGUCCCCCUCUCCCUCCGCCGCGCCAUCAAGCGCUACCUCCGCGACCAGGACAAGGCGCACAUGAACCGCAAGGUGCUGCUGCUCUCGGCGUCCUUCGACCGCGCCAAGGGCACCGGCGCCGAGCUCGCCGCGGCCGCCACCCGCAGCGCGCUCCUCGACGACCCCAACGCGCCGUCGGGCGCCGAGCAGCGGGCGGCGCGCUGGAAGGUGCGGUCGGCCUACGGCGAUAUCGGCCACCGGUACCGCGAGGACGAGACAGUUGCCUACGUUGCGUCACGCAUGCCAGCCAUCUACGCUGCGUGCCACCGCGUACUGCGAGAGGUUAGACGGAGGUUGCCAGAAUUUGCGCCUGCCAAGGUGUUGGAUUUUGGUGCCGGGCCAAGCUCAGCUCUUUGGGCAAUGAGGGCAGUGUGGCCAAAAUCUAUAGAGAGGGUUAACCUGGUCGAGCCUUCCAAGGAAAUGCAAAGAGCAGGGCAGAGUCUCCUUGACAAUUUGAAGGGGUUGCCACUUAUUCACAGCUAUGACAGCAUCCAAGAGUUGAACCGCAAAAUAGAAAAACAUGAACGAGGCCACGAUCUUGUAGUAUCAUCUUAUGCACUUGGCGAGAUUCCUUCUUUGAGUGACCGAAUCACAAUAGUGCGCCAGCUUUGGGACCUGACAAGCGAUGUUUUGGUUUUAUUAGAGCCUGGAACACCUCAAGGAGCAAAGAUCAUAAGCCAAAUGCGCUCUUAUAUCCUUUGGAUGGAAAAAAGAAAGUGUCGCAAAAUUGAAAAAUCCUCAAGCCGUCCUCCAAGUAGCAUGAAGAGCAUUGUUGCACAAGAAGCCUCGUUGAAAAAUGGUUCUUUUGUGGUUGCCCCUUGUCCUCAUGAUGGUCGAUGCCCUUUGGAGAAUUCAGACAAGUACUGCCACUUUGUCCAGAGAUUGGAAAGGACAUCAUCUCAACGUGCCUACAAGAGGUCAAAAGGUGUGCCUUUACGUGGUUUUGAGGAUGAAAAAUUUUGCUAUGUUGCUUUAAGAAGAGGCAAACGGCCAGAGGAAGCUUGGCCACUUGAUGGCUUGAACUUUGAGAAGCUUAAAGAACGCCAUGCCAAGAGAAAGCCAGAAGAUCUUAUCAUUGACUAUGACGAUCAAUUUCCAAGCGAGGAAGAUGAAGAGGUUCCUGUCGAUGGUGGGGACAGUCUGGUACCAUAUGCUUCAGAUGAACACGAAUUAAGUCUGUUCCAUGAAAGUGAAGAAGCAGAGGAGGAGGACCAAACGAUUCGUGCUGACCUUGGAGGAGGUUGGGGCCGCAUUAUAUACAGCCCCAUUCGAAGAGGGAGGCAAGUACAAAUGGAUGUAUGCCGUUCCACCAAACGGGACGCAUCCGAAGGCGCAUUUGAGCGUGUAGUUGUCACCCGAAGCAAGAACCCAACUUUGCAUUUUCAGGCCCGUAGGUCACUUUGGGGCGACCUCUGGCCAUUCUAA